AUGGAUAUAGAGGAAAACCCUCGUUCGGGAAUUAAUCGUUUGAUUUUCAUUACCUUUUACGACCACGAUGCAGUUAGGAUGGCCUUAACGACUCAACCUCUCAUUCUAAACGGCGAAAACAUGAAGGUAUUGCCAUGGAUGGUGAUGGGAGCUGCAGGCGUUGGUGGUGGCGGAGACAAUGGCGAAGCCGGUGCCGCUGGAGGCCAUGCCGAAGCUGGUGCCGCUGGAGAGGUUGGUGAGGUUGAUGCAGCUGGAGGCGUUGUUGAAGCUGGUGCCGCUGGAGGGGUCGGCGAGGUUGGUGCCGCUGGAGAAAUUGGCCGAAGCGUUGGCGGAGCUGUUGACCGCCGCAUUGCCCGAGGCGGUGGUGGAGUCGGUGCCAACCGCCGCUAG